CCUGCGGAGCACUCUUUUGUUCAGUAGCGCUCAGCUGCUGGAGAGGUGAGCACCACUCUGGCUGGCGCUCAUCCACUCAUCGCGGCUGCUGAUUCGACAAGUCCCCGAAAGACGCAAGGACACGUUUCUGCAUCCAGGCGCACUGCACACGAAACGACACAGACCCUGUCUCCCUGUCUGACAGAAAUUCCUCGGACUCGCGGGGCUUUUACGCGUCUCUUGGAUGGUUCAGCUUCCCUGACUGUGGCGCUACCACCUGCACUGUAUCACACAGACGCUCCUCUAAAGCUGCGGCAUCGCUCUACAUUCCUGUAGACGGGACCUGACUUGAUCUGAAAGGUGCAGCAGGAUGCAGGGCUUACUGCCUGUUUGUGGACUGCAGCUCCUGCUGGCCCUCCUUCUGCUUCAAACUGCGGUCUGGGGCUUAACCAGUGCAGAUACAGUGGUGAAUAUGCGGAAGGUUACCCAUCAGACCAUAAGUGAGGAGCUUUCUAAAACAGUUCUGCUCCCUUGCCUCUUCACCCUCCGCCCCAGUGCUGGUUCAUUCCAUGAGCCGCCCAGAAUCAAGUGGACUAAGGUUUGGGGCCAAAGAGGUUCUGAUGGCCUGCAAAAGGAACAGUCGGUCCUGGUGGCCAAAGACAAUGUGGUCAAGGUGAAGAAGGCCUUCCAGGGUCGUGUCACACUGCCUGGUUAUAAUAAGAACCGCUACAAUGCCAGUCUCGCUCUGACUGGGCUACGCUCUAGCGACUCUGGUCUAUAUCGGUGUGAGGUAGUGGUGGGCAUUAAUGAUGAGCAGGACACAGUUCCUCUGGAGGUCACAGGUGUGGUAUUCCACUACCGGGCCCCUCAUGACCGCUAUGCCCUGUCCUUUGCUGAUGCCAAGAGGGUGUGCAUGGAGAACUCAGCGGCCAUUGCAACACCUGGUCAGCUGCAGGCUACCUUUGCUGAUGGCUAUGACAACUGUGAUGCUGGCUGGCUUUCUGACCAGACUGUACGGUAUCCCAUCCAGUCACCACGGCCAGGUUGCUAUGGUGAUCGUGAGGACUCACCUGGAGUUCGUAACUACGGCAAUAGGUCCCCUGAUGAGCUGUUUGAUGUCUACUGUUUUGCUAAGCGUCUUCAAGGUGAGGUUUUUCACUCCACAUUGCCAGAGAAGCUGAGCCUUGCCACCGCCUCCACUCACUGCCAUUCCCUGGGAGCCCAGCUGGCUACUGUUGGGCAGCUCUUCCUCGCCUGGCAGGCUGGUCUUGACCAGUGUGAUCCUGGCUGGCUCGCUGAUGGCAGCGUUCGCUAUCCCAUCAACGUCCCGCGGAAGAACUGCGGCGGAGACGAGCCUGGGGUACGGACUGUCUACAACAACCCGAACCGGACUGGGUUUCCUGACACCGCAGCUCUGUUUGAUGCCUACUGCUACCGAGCCCACCAGCCAGCAGGGGUGCAGGCUGCGGAGCCACAGCCUUUGUAUCAGACACCUCACCCAGCAGCAGAGGCCAUGUCCUUAUUAUCUGAAGCCCAGGAUAGUGCCUCUAUUCCUAAGACUUCCACCUGGACUGGCCUUGUUGACUUAGAUGAAGUACGAGUCCCCUCCAUUGCUGGAAUCAACAACUCAUCUGAGAUCUCCGAAGAGCAUGUGAUCAUCCACUUAAGGCCUGAGGAGGGUUGGGAUGAAACUCAGGAUGGACCUGGAACGCCAGAACCCAGCCAGAAUGAGUCACACAGCUUAAAGAACAGCAAUACUUUGGGCGUUUCUGACUUUGAAACCUUCGAGAAGCAUGGAGGCUCUGCCCAUGAGGAAGAAGAUGGAAGCUACUUUGGAUCUGAGACCCCAACAUUAUCCUCAAUUUCUACUUCCACGCCCCAAGUUCAAACCAGUAAUAGUAUUCUGACUGAUUUUGUUAACACUCUUAUGAGGCCCUUUAGAUACUGGACUCAGAGUGAGGAAGGUGAUGAUACAGAGAAAACACCCAUGGUGCCAGACGAAAAGACAACAAAUAACCAAACACAGGGGGAAGCGCCCAGCAGGAACCCAAGUUUUCCAAAAUCCAGUGGGAAAAAGGGCAGCAUAGAUAAUGCCAUUAUGGAGCACAGAAGUGGCACUUUUUCUUUCAGGAGUCCGGCGACUGAGCUGCAGGACUCAGAAGAAGGUCUUUCCAGUGAAGAGAAAGAGGUGAUGCCAUUGAUUCAGUUAGUACCUGCAGUCCAAAGCACAGAGGCAAGUGGUACGAGCAGCCCUGCAGGAGAGAGAACAACGAGCCCCAUCGCUGACCACCCUCAAACUGCUGUUAAAGAAACCCCUGAAUCGGAUCCCACUGAGAGCUCACCACCCAGUGAACAUGUCAACUUCUCCAGUCUUCAGGGUCUCAGGCGACACCCUACCUUUGUUCCUGCUCCCAGCUCCCAGUUUCAGUGGGCCAUCAAAUCAAUGCGCAUUCCCAAACUAGGCCUUCCUAAAAAUGUGGGCUAUGUGGGUAAAAAACCCACCUGGGAGCCAAUGGAAGCUAAAGCAGGACCCAUUGAGAUGAUGACCCUGCCCACCUUCCUUCGACAGGACUACACAGAUAAUUAUUCAGGUGAAGGCAAGGAACAGGAUACAGAGAAUGUCAAUACUCCAACUGCCAGAAGCGCAUCAGGAGAAGAGAAAGAGAUAGAGGGUAGUGGAGAAGGGAGCAACGCGCAGGCUGGAUUUGGAAUGAAAGACAACAAUUUGGACAGCAGUGGCAUCAAAGUGAUUACUGAGUCGAAAUCUUCACUCAGCCAGAGUGAUUUUGCCACUGUGGCUGAGCGCACAACUCUGUCCCACUGGCAGCUGGUGGAACAGCCCACAACCCCACCUCAGGUCUCCCAGGAAACAGAGUCAGCAGAGGAGGCUAGGGGCGAGAUCUUCUACAUUCACAGGCCUACUGACAAGCUCUCAUCUACCUCCUCACACAGCGAGGAAGUUAGUUCAAACUCCGGAUUCACCCCAAUUUAUAGAAAAGACAGUAAAGUUACAAGCACUGAUGAGGUGAUGAUUACCACACAUGAGGCUUUGAUAGAGAUGCUGACAACUUCUGAAAUGACGACGGCAGAGCUUCUGGCCAGAGAUGCACAGACAGUGGAUCCUGCUACCACAGCAGCCACUAUAGAAAAUAGAUCUUAUACAGAGGAGCCAUCUAUUUCCAUUUCAUGGGCUCAGGAAGACAAGGAGAAAGCUACAAGUUUACCCAACGUGCAGGGCCUCUCAUCGACUCCUGCACCCGAGGGAGCAUCCACAACCACUUCUGGGGUCAUUCACUUGACUACUGCCGUAUCAGACAUCAAGGUUGCUGCUACAGAAAUGGAAUCCAGAUCUGCCGUUUCUGAGUCUUUUGUUGUGGGAAGCCAUUGGACGCCAUUCAAGGGCUUAAAGUCAGAGGAACAUAAAACCCCGCCAACAACAGAAGAUACUGGUACAAAGAAUCCUUUUGGCAUUCUUGUACCCAGCUGGGAAUUUGGGCUCAUCCCAUCAGUGGAGAGUAAUCCAUGCCAGACCAAUCCUUGCCUCCAUGGUGGAAGCUGCCUGCAGGAAGGGGAUGGUUACAGUUGCUACUGUCCUCAGGGGUUCUCUGGAGAGAGCUGUGAGAUCGACAUUGAUGACUGCCAGUCGAAUCCAUGUCAGAACGGAGGAACCUGCAUCGAUGAGAUCAACUCUUUUGUGUGUCUUUGUCUGCCCAGCUAUGGUGGCGCUACUUGCGAAAAAGACACCGAAGGCUGUGAGCACACAUGGAGGAAGUUUCAUGGCCACUGCUACAGAUAUUUCACACGCAGACACACCUGGGAGGACGCUGAGAAAGACUGCAGGGAGCACAAUGGCCACCUGGCCAGUAUCCACAGUGUGGCUGAGCAGAACUUCAUCAGAGGUCUAAGCCAUGACAACACCUGGAUUGGACUAAAUGAUCGGACAGUAGAAGAUGAUUUUCAGUGGACUGACAAGAUGGACCUGCAAUAUGAGAACUGGCGUGAAAACCAGCCAGACAACUUCUUUGCUGGAGGAGAAGACUGCGUGGUGAUGAUUGCUCAUGAGAAUGGCAAAUGGAAUGACGUGCCCUGCAACUACAAUCUGCCCUACGUCUGCAAGAAGGGAACAGUGCUUUGCGGGGCCCCUCCAACUGUGGAUAAUGCCUUCCUGAUUGGUCGGAAGCGUACCCACUAUGACAUCCACUCAGUAGUGCGUUACCAGUGCGCCGAUGGCUUCCUGCAGCGGCACGUGCCCACUGCUAAGUGUCGUGCUAACGGCAAGUGGGACCGACCUAAAAUCAUCUGCAUAAAAUCCCGGCGAGCUCACCGUUACCGGCGCCACCACCACAAGACCAGGAGAGAGCGCAGAAAGCACAAGAGGCACAGCCACAGAGAGGGAGGCCACCACGGCGGAGAGGGAGGCCAGGGUCACAACCACGCCCGCUUCUGAACCAAAAAAAAACCCAUCAUCCCCUCCCCUUUUCUCCUCUGCUGCCAGCUGCAGUUUGCCUGUCUCCCUGUCGUCCCCAUUUCCCCAAACAGUUCUUCACAAUAACAGCCCAAAACUCUCUGACCAAGCCACCUCCCUCCGGCCUCGUCCCGCACUGCAUUGUCCUGCCCUUCACUCUCCAAGUCAGCCUGUAUCAUAGUCAACUGCAAGGCCUGGCAAAGUGUUGCCAGGCCUCAUCAACAGGACAAUAAUAAAUCCCUUUGUACUCUUUUUACUUUCCUUUCUCGGUCCGACGUUCUGGUCAUACCCUUGCUGUCUUUUACCUACCUUCUUUCUUGACCCACUUACUCUCCCCUCGAGCUCAACGAUGACCUGAAACAUGGGGCUACGCUGACCUGUUUUUCAAAAAAAAAAAAAAAACCCUUUGAGAGCCACACUGAACAUUCUUCAGAGAGAAGUUCCUAAAUAGGGAUUACAUCAUUGAAUUUGCUGUAUCAAAAUCAGAGGAGUCAAGGAAGACAUUGUGUUGUUGACUUGAGCCUUUUGUCUGUUGAACACAUAGUUAUUUUUUACAAAUACUCAGUGUUUAUUUCUUGACUCUGCUGCUUUUGAUUCGCUCUUUGUAAGGCAUUGUACUUGACUUAAUGCGACGCUGAGUUGUUCCGAAACAGAUUUAAUUGAUUUUCUUUCAUUCAGAAGCAGUUGUAAUUGAAUUAUUUUAAUUGUUAGCGUUGUAUCUUCUUGUCAGUGUAAGACCAUUACUUUAGAUCAGAUGCUUAACCCCAGAGGAAAAUGGAAAUCACAUCCCUUCCCAUUGCAGUUUCAGCACAUCACAUCACACAUCAGUCACUUUUCAGAAGUGUUGAACAAUAUCAAACACCUCCUGCUGCGUCAUACAUCCACACCUGUCAUUGUAGAGGGGUAAUCUGAACGUUUGAUGUCAGUUUGUCUCAACUCAGUUCAACAGUCCCGCAUUUGCUUCGUCUUUUUUCACAAUUUGAGCUGCUGUGGGAAUGUGUGCUGUGAAUUAAUCAAGGUGAUGCAGCAGGGUGAAGAGCCUCUCACAUAUCUGCUUCGCCUUUAUUUUGAAGGUUUACUGCUGCUUUUACUACAUUGUGUAUUCAACAAGAGUAUGGGUACAUUCAUAUUGGGGUGUGUCAGGCCAAGGACUGCAUUAGCUAGGUGCAUAAGUAUUAUUCAGUCCCUCUCCAAGCAAUAUUGUUCUAUUAUUCAAUUUUGCUAACAAUUCAUUUUAUGUAGACUUGCAAAUGAUUAGCAAACAUGGCAGUGAGAUCACACUUUUAUAUAUCACAAAAACACGGUGCACAGAAGAUCAGAGUGGACUGAUUCAUUUCCCACCUCUGAAAACUGAUUCAUUUUCACCAUCAAUCUGUUUUUGACUAACAUUUAUUUAUUUAAAUCUUCUUCGUAAAUCUGCCAAUGUGCAUCCUGAUCAAGCUCAUCAGGACAACAGGUCAAGAAAAGUAAAACGCUGAUUUGGACUACACUUACAAAUAACCAGUUUUGCCAUUAAUACAUGGGUAGUUUAUAACACAUGAUUUAAAACCAUCCACUUUUUUAACUGUUUGUCCAGCUUAUGCUACAGUCACACUGGGGAAAACAGGGUCAACAAAAUUAUUGCGACAGUUUACAAUUAACUUGCAACCUCGUUGCCUUUGAAACGGUUGUUUCGAAGACUGAAAUCUGGCCCGUGACCAUUUGCACUCAGUUGCCAUCUUCAAAGCAACUUUCGUUUGACAAGACAGAGAUAAACUGGAAAUAAGCUUAUCCCAGGUGUUAUAUGGGUAGAGCCGGGGUACUCCAAGCACAUGUCCCAUCAAAGGGCUAACACAGAGACACAGACAACCACACCCUCUCCCAUCCACACCAGUUUGGAAAACCCUCAGAGGCACAGGGAGAACAUCCAAACUGCACGUAGACACCCCCGCUCACCAUGAGGUUCAAAUCAAGAGCCAUAUUGCAGUGAGACAACAGUGUAACCACUGUGCCACAACUUUUUCAUGGCAAGUCCAUUGGUAACAGUUCAGGAUUUGUUUGUCUCAAUUUUUAAACAUCCAGCCUUUGUAGGGCAUCAUUAGCAGUGAGUAGUUAAAAGUUACGUGUCAAGCAAAACAACAUGUCUGUCUGCCUGCUAGAUUUGUAUCAUUUCAUUAGUUUUUUUAUUUUUUUAAUUAUUAUUAUUUUACUGAAAACAGCCAGUUGCUGCUUGUGGAAAGAGUGCCGAUGAGACUGAACCAAAAAGUAAAGUUAGGGGCUACAAAGAUUCAAUCUCUCAGAUGCUCUGAAAAUAUUAGUGAUUUUUGUCUGUGUUUGUCACUGAAAUCAUCAUUUGAUCCGUUGUCAUAACACCGACAUUCAGAACAAGGUUUAAAAGAUUAAAGGACUGAAGAUGUAUAUUUUUGUAGUGUAGUCUUCAGCCUUAACCAGCCCUCUGAAGCAGGAAGAAUUGAGCAAGUAGUGGGAAACAAGCACGACAACAAGCUGAGAUUGUUGUGUCAUGAAUCAGAGCUUUGUGCAGGGUAUGAGGAUGAAUAUGAUGCAGAGGAGACAGAGACAACAAGCUCUUGCUCAUCUCGUGUCUGUGUAUGUGGAUGCCGCAUGUGUGCGUUAUGGCUGAAGACGCCGACAAUGGCUGAGGUCCCAGUGGAUGACGAUAUAAAGGAUCAGCAGAGAUUAAGGCUUGCCAUUUCUGGAGUCUCGCAGCUGUUCACACCUGAGCUCGCCCCUGUCGUGUCUCCUCUUUUAAAGAGGGGAUUGAGAUGGAUAGAACAAGCACUUUGCUCCCUUUUUCUUCCCCUUUACUGCCGGGUUAAAUUGCUGUUUUUUAAAGCCAGCACUUGGGGUUAGAGCUUCUGGGAUUACACCCCAGCACUUUUAUCCCUCGUUUCUCCAUCUCGUUAUACUUUUAUCAUCACCACCUAUACACUUUAGUACCUUUCAUCUUUGUCGGGAAGUGGACAAUAAGCACACCUAAAUUCAGUUUAACUUGUUUUUUUAGUGGAGAAAGCGUACACUCAGGGUUUUCAGCAGCCUCUCACGCAUCUUAUGAAAACACUAAACCAGGAUUGGGUUAUAUAAAGUCACUUGAGGUAAGAAAAUCUAUCCUGCGCACAUAAAUCCCCCCCCCCCCGCCUUUGUUUAUCUCCCCUCACCUUGGCAAUGACAACGCUCCUCCACAUGGAGAAGAAUAGUGAUCGUAGAUCCCUGUAUCAGUUUAAUUAAUCUGCUGCAUGCCUAAUUAACAAGUUGCAUUAUCUGCAAAACCACAGAGCAGCCAUGACAAGGGGAGGGUUUUGUUGACGGACAGCGAGUGGAAAGUAAAGAGUGACAGACAGGAAGCCCAAAGAACUGUCAUAGCUGUCAAACAGCUGUCACUCGACGAUGUCAGGCUGACACAAACUUCUUUUUUUCUGUCUUUCCUAUAAAAUAGACUGAUAAAAGAAAGCGGAUGAAUAAAAGGGCAGACCGAAGACCUAAUUCAAAUCAGAGUUGACACACUGGGACGGUUUAAUUACAGCUGCGUAAAGGUUGAGCUGUGUGACAGGACUAAAUUUUAAUGUGAUAAAGUGAUAAGGAAAUGAAUACAAGCUAGCUUCUAGUGGUUGAUAAGACUAGACGUUUGUGUUUAAGGAGAGUCUGACGUCUGUCAAUUUUUCAUUGCCUCUGCAGAGAUUUUUAGGCCUUCCAAACAAGAUGCAGAAAAUAUAUUUAAAUCUUCUAUCCCACAUGAGUUGAUAGGUUGAUAUGUGUGGAAUUUCUACUGAUAAUGUUCCAUUUUUUAUUUAAAAAAAGAGAGAAGUCAAAAGUAUAAUAGACAGCACAUAAAAGAUCCGUUUGAAUUUAACGGAGAGCUUCGCCCUCUGGACUGAGGGUAAUGAACAAUUUAGCUUUUGCACAUCCGCUGGGACUGAGCUGGUCUUUUAAAGGUGGUUAACCUUUCUCACCGGCAGAGAGGAGAAAAAAAAUCUUUCAAUGAAUUCAAACAGCCACACUUUUCCUCUUGAAAUUUCAAACAGUGUCAGUCUCUCUUUGCUUUUGACUCCUCCUUUUAAUCUCCUCCACUCACACUCCUCUCCUCUUCCCUCUUCGGGCUUUCUAGUCAGAGCCCCGAGGGCAGGCAAACAGAAAGCGACAAACUCUUAUAAUUGUGAGUGUUAAUUAUGAAGAUGAAUGAGUUAACAGCGGUCUCUGCCAGCUGUCUCUUGGCUCAGCACCACGCCUCGGGGGGGAAAGCAGCGGGCAAACCGCUGAAUGUCUUCGCAGCCAGAAGGCGUCUUCUCAGGCGUAGCCACCUAUCAUAAUUGUUACCCACUUACUGAGUUCCGCAUACAUGAGAUAAGAAUUGGAUUGAUGGGAGUGCAUUGGCAUCUUCUUGUGCUUGUAGCUGUGACUGUCUGAUUGCCCCCUGUCUGAAUGUUGACAGCGGGAGCGCAGCUCGGUUAAAUUUGUUGUACAUGUUUUUGACGAAGCACGUGCCUAGUUGGAAGAGUGUGACCGAGGCGGGUGCAGCAGCCUUCAUAAACACCAAUGUAAUUUCCAGUGUACGUGGAGGGAAAAAAAAUCUAAUAUCCAAGCAUGAAAUUGCAGAUAAUAAAACAACGUUACAAGAGAAAAGCUUUCUAGGAUGACGACUUGAAGGCAUAGUUCACCCCAUUAUCAAAUAUACAUGUUUUUCCACUAUCCUUCUCAGAUUGCAUAUGGUGAGACUUACCCAGUUCUGUCGUUAUCUGCAAUUGAGAGAUGGCUGCCUUCUCUCUCUAGAAUUAAAUGGAACUUGUAAUGACAAACUAUGCAUUUGAGGCAGCAAUGUAUUUUGUUUGCAGAAGUCACCACCUAUUAAUUACUUAAAAGAAACACAUCCUGUAUCAGUUUGUCUGCCAAACUAUACCUCUAAAUUAAAGGAAGCUGCAUUAGUAUUCAGCUGAAGGAUCAUUAAUGUUUACAUCCUGUCACAGUGUCAUGGGUACAACCUCUUGUCACAGAUAUAUGUGUGCUUCUUUUUGCACAGUGAUACUGCUGGCAAGGCUAUCUUGGUUAUAGAAAACAAAUUUCUGAGGAAAAGACAUUGAAGCUUAGUUUUUCAAGGUGCUUCAAGUGCUACAAAACCAACGCCAUCGUAGUUCUGUUAUAGUCGAGAAAACAAAAACAACUGUUUAAGAGUUUAACAUCUGUAAAAUUGGGCAACUCAUACCAAAAGAGUGUAAAUGGAAAGUAUCAGUCACUUUGCACAUACCUCGAGGAUUGAUCAGUUAAAUGCCUAAUAGUACUGUGAUGCCUGUUAAUGUUUUAAAAGAAUUUUCUGAGGAAUGAUCAGAGCUAUUAAUGCAGUAAUCAUAUUGCAGCGAUUUUCACUUAAAGCGCUUUGUGCAACAGGCUGCUUUCACCCAUUCAAACACACAUUUAUAAAGUGCUUAUUCCAUACAUAAAGCAUUCACACAUCUGCACUCACACACUAGCGAGACUACGGCUAGGACACCCUGACCUGCAGACUAGAGCAGCCAGAGGUCAAAGUCAAGUCUACUGCCUGUUUGCAAUGACAAAGAGCAUAUGUUUGUGGGGAUGAAGGAAACCAAGAACUCUUCUUUCCCGCAUGUAUUGUAACAUCUUUCUGUGACUCUGGACCUGAUGCAUUUGAACAGGACACUCAUCAGUCAUGACGGCCUGAUAAGAGCAUUAGAGGCUGUUGUCCUUCCUCAAUCACACGCAGACAGACUAUUGAUUUCGUGAUUAGGCUGUCUGUCCUGGGUUCUUAUUAAGUCCGUCGAUGGCAUCGGCGGUACAAUUGCAUUGACUGACUGCUGAGCGUUUUUUAAAUGACAGGAAAACAGACUGGUGUAGCUUAUAGCACUCCUAUGUGUCCAUAAGACACUCCAGGUAGUAUCCUGUCCCAUAUGCAUACUACUACUCUCAUAACUCAAUCUCAUAACCAUCUCAUGAGGAUUUUUUUUUUAAACUUUCGCCUCCCUCCUGAGGACUGCUGCAUCACUUAGCUAACAUAGUGGAAACCACACUGCUGGUAUUUGUAUAACAUCGCAGCUCUGUCUGAUGCUGAGUUGAGACAAUUUAUCACUGUAAAGAAAAUGGUUGGGAUGGAUGGAUGAAUGGAGAUAUGUUACAGUGGGAUUAUGACAAAUGUGAGUGACAAACGCAAAGCAGGAAGCAGUGAAAAUGCUCCCUUUUCUCCUCUGUGAUAUAAAUACUCAAAGUUUUUUGUUAGAACAAUCCAUUUAAACUCUGGGUGUGUUUGUUGCUUAGCCUCUCUGGGCCAUAUUCACACAGCCUCUGUGGAUGAAAAACCCAUCGCCUGCUUUCUGUUCCUCUCGUCGGCUCACACGCUGCUGGUUUAUACCGCUGCAACAGAAAAACAAGAGGCGCUCGGUCAACAGGAGAGAUGGAAGCGAAGUAAUAGUUUGCCAAACUGACAAACAUCACUUCUUUGGCUCCGUUCCCUGCAACACUUCAGUCUGUGUGUGUUCGUGUCGACUGUGAGCACAGACACAAUAUCGCUGACGCUGGACUCAUCUACAGCUGUGUGAAUGUGGUCCACAAGUAUUUAUCCAUAUUUAUUGAUGUAUGUUCUUAUGAAUUCCAGUCCUGUCCCUGUAUUAUAUUCUUUACAAGACAAAUGAUCAUUAAAGGAAACCCUUGUUUGGAUCCGUUAA